AUGUCAAAAUCCAUGAUUACUACCCUAUUUAGAACCCUAGGGGAUCCUUCCUAUCUAGGGCCUGCAGUAGCUCGGUUCCAUGCAGACCUAGCAGAACCAGAAAGGGUGGCAGAACUAGACCGCUUCCUAGGCGGUGAAGCUAGGGUUCUUCUAGCAACCUCUGCCAUUGGUGCAGGAUUUGAUUUUAAUCAUGUGGAUGCUGUGAUUCAUCUAGAAAGUGCCUAUGGGUUGACAGACUUUAUGCAGGAAUCUGGCAGAACUGGGCGGGAUCCUAGGCGGUCAGGAUGGUCAUUCUGCUUAGUAAAGCCUUCUGAGCGGAAUCCUAGAUCUAAUGAUUCUACUGACCGCCUAGAAUUCAGGAAAUAUCUAAAUGAGCAGAUCUGCCGUCGACGGCCGAUUCUAUUAAAUUUUGGAGAGGUGCCUAGGUCAUGUGACCCUAGCUGGCAGCUAUGUGAUCUAUGCCUGAGGCAGAAAACCCAGCAGGAUCUAGUUAGGCAGGCAGUUAAACAAUCCUAUCAGGAAUCUACUACAGAACUAGAAUUCCUAGCUAGGGCUACUGAAUUCUUUACAGAUUCAGUGGGUCCUUUGGUAAUGCUGCAGAGCAUGUGUUUAAACAUGAUCUAG